AUGCUAAACUGCUCUCGACCUGACCCACCCUCCUUGCUGGAGGCUCUCAGACCAGUCUUCAACCUGAGCUCCAUUCGACCUGUCAUGAAUAUGUCAACCCCCACUACAGUUGGCAUUGACUUCAUCUUGUUUGGCAUUUUGGGAGUGGGAUGGAAAAAUGAGUUUGUCAGUUGGGACCCAGACCAGUGUGGUGCUUCAACAAUUACAAUUCCAAGGAAACUGCUUUGGGUACCUGAUAUGGUCAUCAAUGAAUUUAUGGAGAAGAAUUCAGCUCCAUUUGUCCCAUACAGUUAUGUGUAUUCUGAUGGAUAUGUGCUUGAUCAACAGCCUGUCAAAGUGGUUAGCUCCUGCAGGCUCGACAUCUACACAUUUCCAUUUGACAUCCAGAACUGCAGUUUAAGCUUCAACUCCUAUUUACUCCGUCAGGCUUCUUUGCAGCUUAACCAGACAUUAUCUGUAGAGGAAAUAUUUAAAAACUCUAAAGAAGUGAUGACAACUAUGGGUGAGUGGGAACUAGUUGGACUCAAAGUGAAGAAAUACGAACCACCAGCUGGGGAUGGAGAAAUUUAUGAAGAGAUUCGUUUUUUUGUCACAGUGAAGCGCCGGUCCACCCUGUAUGUUGUGAACCUCCUGAUCCCCAGCUGUUUCCUCAUCACAGUAGACCUCUUAAGUUUCCUGCUGCCUCCCAGGAGUGUUGACCGAUCAUUGUUCAAGAUGACCCUCAUCCUGGGCUACACAGUCUUCCUGCUCAUCAUGAACGACUUGCUGCCUAUCACUGGAGAUACCAUACCGCUCAUGAAUGUGUUCCUGUCUCUGUGCAUGGCUAUGAUGGUGACUAGUCUACUAGAAACUAUCCUCAUCACCAACCUACUGUGUGGCUCUGCACACUACCCUCCAGUCCCUCACUGGAUCCAAGUCUUUGUUCUUCACAUCCUGGGCCGCCUGGUACAACUUCCUCCAAAGCCUAGAGAUCUAGAGGAGACAGUCUUCCAAAAUCCUGCUGCACAAGAAAUGAAAGUCUCCUCUGUGGUGGCAGAGGACAGUGUGGCUCCAAAACAGAAGGGACUGUUUGAUGAAGACAAGGCCUUGCAGGAGCUGAGGAGCCUGGGCAAUGACCUCCAGAUCAUUCACCAUCAGCUAAAGAAGCAGCUUGGUGGAAACCUGAGUUCAGAGGAGUGGAUCCAAGUGGGUUUCGUCAUAGACCGCCUGCUGUUCGGUCUCUACAUUGUCUUCAUAUCUGUCAGUUUUAUUACCAUCCUCAUUAUCUGGAUGAACUCAAACGACAUAUCCUGA